CCACAGCUCAUGCAGGCAGCACCCGUCUUUGUGAUUGGUCUAAACUCUGAUAAGACCUGCACUUUCAGCUAACCUUGUGAGCGAGAGUCCGGUUGUGAAACAACAUGGCAACUGCAGGGAAGGUCAUCCGGUGUAAAGCUGCAGUAGCAUGGGAGGCUGGAAAACCUCUGGCCAUGGAGGAGGUGGAGGUGGCACCUCCUAAAGAUGGGGAAGUUCGCCUCAAGAUUGUGGCCACAGGGAUCUGUCACACUGACUCCUACACACUAAGCGGCUCCGACCCUGAGGGAGUUUUCCCUGUAGUGCUGGGCCACGAGGGAGCUGGCAUUGUGGAGAGCGUUGGAAAGGGAAUCACCAAAUUUCAACCAGGGGACACAGUCAUACCCUUGUAUGUCCCACAGUGUGGAGAGUGCAAGUUCUGUAAGAAUCCAAAAACCAACUUGUGUCAAAAGAUCAGGCUCACUCAGGGCAAAGGCUUGAUGCCAGAUGGGACAACCCGUUUCUCCUGCAAGGGCAAGAGCCUCUUCCACUUCAUGGGCUGCAGCACAUUCUCUGAGUACACUGUCGUGGCUGAGAUCUCCCUGGCUAAAGUGGACAACAGGGCUCCUCUCGACAAGGUGUGUCUGCUGGGCUGUGGCAUCACCACUGGUUAUGGAGCUGCACUAAACACUGCCAAGGUGAGUCUGCUGCCUCUAAUGUCACGGUGUGCAGACCAAGUGGUGCAUCAGUUGUCCCAAUGGGUGGUCUUAGACAAACUUGCAGAUGGAGACACUGGAUAUGGAGGUCCUAAACUGGUGUGGCUACAUGUGGUCUGCAGGUGA